GUACCUCCAACUACUCCCUCGCGGUGUGUGACGCGCUCUUUCUCCCGAUUUUUCCAUUGAAUUUUCUCCUCGGGAUCGUCGCGCGCGCGCCAACGUGCACCGCGAGUGUCGAACGAUUCGCCCGCUCGAGAACGAUCGGCUGUUCUCGAAACGCAUCGCCUCGAUCUCCGGAGGCGCGCGCGAUUGUUCGCCGCGACCGGACUCUCGUUUGGACGAACGUUGUGUCGCAGUCGUGACUUCGCGGCUCUCUCGGGAGGAACAGGCAACCGUCUCAUCAGCCGAAACCACGGAGAUUCCGACCGAGGGACAGGAGUGCCGCUAAUUGGAGCAACGAUUCGCAGAGGAACGAUGUGCCGAGAACGGUGUGCGAGUUGAGCGAGACGUCAGCGUUGUCGGUGUCGGUGCCUCGAGAGCGAGAGCGAAGGAAUUCUUUUCGGAAGCUACGUCUACCGCGACGAAACCACCGACGAAACCGCCUUCUCGUUUCUCGUAUCGACCUUCGAGUCUCCGAGUCGAAAGUCGGGUAUUUCGGGGUGUCGGAUUAUUCGUUGCUAAGCCGGCCGGAGCACUAUCCAGUGCGGACGAGUUCGACGACUGGCGAUUCGAGCGAGUCCCCUCCGGUGAAGGGAGAUCGAACGACAUUCGCGAGCCGCGAGGUGAAUCGAUGGUGCACGCGAAAUCGUGACAGAGCCAGUUUCGUUCGGGUGGUAGCACGCACGAUGUCGCGGCGCGAUGCGUCACGUGACUAAGAACGAAUCAUAGAAAGAAGGAGAGGCAAAGCGAGCAGUGGAAGGCAGCGGCGGAAAGGGCAGUGGAUACAUUCUGGUGAGGACCUUGACGGGUCCUGACCAGGGCGUUGAAAUCGUGGAACAUAGGCGGAGGUGGCUGCGACGGAUGGACCGUGUUGCCAACGGCUGGAUCAUUUAGUGACAAAACAGGCUACCGGGAGUACAAUGUCCUAGCGAAGGCAGGAGCUCGUCUAGGCCGACCCCCUCGUUCUGUUCCGUUUCGUCCAAAAGAACCCUAAGAAACUCGUUUCGCCUCCUGACCCCCGGACACCGUUCUCCGACUGGUCGACGAGUCGACGCACCAUCACCUACGAGAUCGCGCUUCUACGCACGCACGUACAUACACACAAACACACACACACACACACAUAUACACGCGCAGACGACCACGUAGAAACACACGUGCGCAGUACCUAUACUCGAGAUCUCGUUUUAAGGACACGCGUACUCGCGUGUACGGCGCACACAUACCGUCGAAAACUUGCACGCGUUUUCUCCGUCCCCUUUCUCCCUCAGGUCCCUCAGGUCGCUCUUUCUUACGCGGACGCGCGUUUAACUGCUCAGCCCCGCGUCGAUGCCAGCGAGGAACGCGCUCUCACACACGCGUAUCCCGCCUUAACCGUUAACCUCCGUCUACAGCAACACCGUACACCUAGAAACAAUCACGCACACGCCGAUUCGACUGACGUAUACUCGGGACACGCGUACACAGAGGACGGGCACGAGAGCUUUCCGAAUCCAGCCAAGUCCAAAGUCCUUAAUCCCGUGGGGUGAUCCUGGCCCCACCCGUACGUCAAGGAACCACACCCCGGCCAGAGAAGAAACUCGGGAUACAGAUUUACCGGGCCUCCUGGUGAUGAUAGCGGCACGCUGCGGAGGCUAAAAAGGUGGCUGUCACGGCGGUGGCUGAAGAAGUGGCGAGGUUGGUGAAAAUCGGCGCCGGGAGCGGUCGAUCCGGGCAGCAGCGGUAGUGGUGGCGGAACGGCAGGGGUACUAUGGGAGCGGGGGUAUGGGGGGCGGAGGAGGGCUACAAGCCACGGACCUCCGGCGAAGGCUCGAGUCCCGGUGUUCAGGAAGCGCUUGUCCCCAGAGUCCUCGUUUCUUAAGACACGAUGGCUCCCAAGUAUCCGAGGGGAGCACCCGUGGCCAGGAAGAAAGAGUUGACUUGCAAGCGACUCUCGCUUCCGGUCAACCGACGUGUACAGGUUCCCGGCCGUGUAGACGACAGGCGAACGAGGAAAAUGGACAAGAGAAAGGUUCGAGGUGCUCGAACGGUGGAUCCGGCGUAAUCAGUUCGCUGUUUGGAAAGCUGCGACUCUUCGUUGGAAGACCUAUCGACACGGAGGCUGAGAAAGAGAAAGGAGUCAAUGGGAGAAGGCAUCGGCUUCGAUGGUGUCGCAGGGAUUUCCGGUGGAUCGCGGAUGUGGCAACGAGGAUCCUACUCCUCGGUAUCGUCCUUUUCGUCACACCAGGUCUCUGCCACCAAGACGCGGUGCACAUUACGGCAAUCCUGGGGGAGAGCGUCGUCUUCAACUGUCACGUAGAGUUCCCCGGUGAGCACCCAGUGCCCUACGUUCUCCAAUGGGAGAAGAAGGUAGGCGACAAGGGGCAGGAGAUACCGAUAUACAUAUGGUACGAGUCGUAUCCGACCCACAGUGGCGAAGGUUACGAAGGUCGAGUCUCGAGGGUCUCGCCGAAUUCACCGUACGGCGUGGCGAGCCUCAACCUGACCGACAUCCGCGAGAGCGAUCAAGGAUGGUACGAGUGCAAGGUCGUCUUCCUCAACAGGUCGCCUAACAGUCACAAGAACGGUACAUGGUUCCACCUGGACGUCCACGCGCCGCCAAAAUUUAGCAUCACGCCGGAGGAGAUGAUCUACGUGAACGUGGGCGACGCGAUAAUAUUGAACUGCCAAGCGGAGGGCACGCCGACGCCGGAGAUCCUCUGGUACAAGGACGCGAAUCCGGUCGAGCCGUCGACCACCAUCGGGAUAUUCAACGACGGCACCGAGCUCAGGAUCUCGACGAUCAAGAACGAGGACAUCGGGGAUUAUACGUGCAUCGCGCGAAACGGGGAGGGUCAAAUCAGUCAUACGGCCCGCGUUAUAAUCGCUGGCGGAGCGGUGAUCACCGUGCCACCGAUGAACCAGACCAAGCUGGAAGGCGAGAAGGUGCAGUUCUCCUGCGAGGCGAAAGCCCUGCCUGGCAACGUGACCGUGCGUUGGUUCCGCGAGGGUGCACCGGUAACGGAAGUCUCGGCGUUGGACACUAGAGUGUCCAUCAAACCGGACGGUAGCCUUGUGAUCAACCCGGUCAGCGCCGACGACUCUGGCCAGUAUCUGUGCGAGGUGACGAAUGGCAUCGGUGAUCCGCAAACCGCCAGCGCUUACCUCAACGUAGAAUAUCCAGCGAAGGUCACGUUCACUCCGACGGUGCAGUACCUGCCGUUUCGUCUGGCCGGUGUGGUCCAUUGUUACAUAAAAGCAAAUCCCACCCUUCAAUACGUGACGUGGACAAAGGACAAACGAUUGCUCGAGCCUUAUCAAACGAAGGAUAUCGUGGUGAUGAACAAUGGCUCCCUGCUCUUUACACGGGUGAACGAGAAUCAUCAAGGUCGGUACACCUGCACGCCUUACAACGCGCAGGGCACGCAGGGAAGUUCCGGGCCGAUGGAGGUGCUCGUGCGAAAUCCGCCGGUAUUCACCCUCGAGCCGGAUCCCAUCUAUCAGAAGAAGGUUGGCGAAACGGUGGAGAUGCAUUGCGACGCUCAAGAAGCCGAGGGCACGCAGAAACCCACGAUACAGUGGCACAGGAGGGACGGCGCGUCGAUCCAACGCAACCGGGCAAAGAUCGUCGGCGGCAAUUUAACGAUCGAGAGCCUGCGACGCUCGGACUUUGGCUUCUACCAGUGCGUCGCAUCGAACGAAGUGGCAACCAUAUCGGCAUCCACGCAGCUGAUCGUCGAAGGCACGCAACCGCACGCACCGUACAACGUAUCCGGCACCGCGACCGAAUUCUCGGUCACGUUGACUUGGUUGCCGGGAUAUUCUGGAGGGCCUGAUUACAAGCAAGAUUAUACCAUCUGGUACAGGGAAUCGGGCACGUCCGAAUGGAAGAUGAUUCCGGUAACUCCGUCCGGUAGCACCACCGUGACGAUCAACAACCUGACGCCAGGUACGAUGUACGAGUUCCAAGUGAUCGGGAAGAACGCUCUCGGCGAUGGAAUGCUGAGCAAACUUAUUACCAUCAGGACGCUUGAUGUGGCAUUGACGCAUUCAGCGACCCCAUCCUCGAGCGCCGGUCAAGCUGCAGCCACGGAUGAAAGCGACAUCUUAGACCAUAAUACUCUCAUAUUACCGACCGAUUCUACCGGCAACCCAGUGUUCCCGCCGAUCAUGCGCCCGAAAGGACCAAAGCCAGGUCCUCCGAAAAAUCUCACGGUGACGGAGGUCAGUAACGGCUUUCUGAUAUCCUGGGAAGCCCCCGUGGAACGUAAUCAUCUCAUUCAAUACUACACCAUCAAAUACAAAACGGACGGACCGUGGAAAACGCUCAACAAGGGACAGAUCCGACCCGAGGAAACCAGCUAUUUGGUGAAGAAUCUGGUUGGUGGUAGGACCUAUUAUUUCCAAGUGUUCGCCAACUCGGCGACCAACUACGGCGCCAGCGAGCAGGUGAAGUUUCCGGUGCCGGCCCGGGUGAAGCACAAGGCGAUCACCGCGGGCGUCGUCGGUGGUAUACUCUUCUUCAUCGUCGCGAUCAUCCUCAGCAUAUGCGCGGUGAAGAUUUGCAAUAAGCGGAAAAGACGAAAACAGGAGAAAGAACUGCUUUCAGCGUAUAGUAUGGUGGCCUGCCGGGUCACCGACGCCAGGAACGGCGCAGGGCAGGGGCCCCAGGGAACAGUGCCUUUGAAAAAACCUAGAAAAAGCCGAGUACCAGGUCUAAAUCUUCUACGGGAGAUUCUGAACCCGGAUACGCCGGAUUCUUGCCGCGGCCGACCACUGGGUAAGAUCUCACGCGCGGCCGACGGCCGCUUCGUGGUAGCAGACUCGGUGCUCAGCUCAGCGAACAACAGCAUCCUGGACGCAUCGAGCAGCGACGACGGUGGAUUUCUGCCGAAGCAGCGGCUGAAAUCCUCCUGGCGGCGGCCGCUGGUCGGCACCAGCCAACUGAGCCUCAGGUCCGACGGUAGCGGUGUCUCGAUCGGAGGGCUACCGUCCAUCCAUCAUCAUCACGGGACGGUGAACUCGUUGGCCAGGAUAGCGCCGACCAUCUGCACGAUCUCAUCGCCCAGAUUCUUGGCCAGUUCGCCGAGCGGGCCGCAGGUACCAUGGACGCCUUUGUACUUCAGCGAUCUCAGCUCGGUCAGACAACCAUCCUCCGGGGAACGUUCCUUUCCGACGCCGCCCGAUUACCUUCAGCUUCGUAGCGUGCACCAGCGGUACAGCCAGGAGCUUCCAUCGUUGAAAGCGAUCCACGCCGAGUCUAGGAGGUUCGUACCAGUUCAACCGUUGGCCACAUCCUCGCCGCCUCAGUCGGCCGGUAGGUCGAGGGCGAGGCUACCUCCUAGACACGCGAGGCACGCGAGGUCCGCACCGGAGCUGGCCGCGUCACCAGAUCUCGAGACAUCGCCGGAGAGUAGGUCCAGCAGCUCGGGUUUCGCCAGCAAGAACACCUCGCAACAGAAUCAAAGUUCAAGGAGCGGUAGUACUGUGGCCGAGUGGAGGCCACCGCCUUACAGGCCGCCCCCGCCGCCUCUGGUCGGCCGGUGGUUGGAGCUUCAGGAUCAAGCGAAAGUCGAGCACACGCACAUCCAGAACGCUGUGGACGCCGGCAGCGUCGACGGUCACUACGAGUUCGAUCCUGUCUCGUGCACACCGACCCCUACGUCCGCCUCUACCCCGACCAGGGAGGAGAGGCCGCCGGUGCACCAGAUUCACACCAUUCACGUGCCGCACAUUCACCAGGUGCACACGAUUCAUCAUCAGGCGCCGAGGUACAGCAGGGACAACAUCGAGGCCAGAGUACAAGCGAUGAAGGCCGAGUUCCAUCAGUUUCGACAGCGGCAAGCGAGGAGAAGACAGAGCGCGCAUCUCGAGAGCGCCUGUUGAGACACCAGGCACUGUUCACUCUAGUAACUAAGCUACGUCAUUCGGAUUUCCACACACAGAGUUCGAUCAUCGGAUAUCUGCUCCGAUUCGUUGCUUCUUCGCCUCUCUCUCUCUCUCUCUCUUUCUUUCUCUUCUUCUCUUUCCUCGGAAACAAAAAAAAAAAAAAAAGGACGACAACGAGGCAUCACGGGAGACGGAGCGCUUUGCGAGCGGACCAAAAUCGAGCCAGCCGAGAUACGGAAGAGAGGAUCGAAAGAGAAAAAUCGACCGAGCGAGGUCUGAAGGGUCCGAAAGGCGAAGGAGAGCGAAGAAGCGGACGAAAUCCAGGCAAAUCCCGGCUGUGACGAAAGCUAUGCAAAACGCGAUUCCAAGCGGACGUCGCCGUGAUUAUCAUCGGAGACCAACUGUUAAAAAGCACAACGAGGAUCAUCGUACGCGAUUCCAGUGUAGGCAACUUCAAGUCAAUUCUAUCAGCUGGGUAACCAUCUCUACAAAAAAAAAAAAAAAAAGAAAAAAGAAAAAAAAAGAAAAAGGCUGUUACAAAUGUCAGCUCAGGAUACAUAAAUUUCGCCAACGCGAACACAACUAACGUAGUAGAACUAUGCGUUAAGAGAUUACACAUCGUCGGAGUCCGAUCGUUGCCGAUUCGAGGAGAAAUGCAACGUGCGAGACAAGUUCUUCCCCUAACUCACACCCCUCACCCAUCCCCUUGCCCGUCCGAAGAUGAAGCAACGUCACAGAAGGAGGAUCGACAAUGUUCGAGAGAAUCCAUGCAACGGGGAAGACGAUAGACGACGAUUCGAGUUCCAACGAUUCGAUCAUUGGUCAUAUCCCGCGUGUAUCAACGACGCCUACGUCCAAUUCGGAGGACCGCAAUUUUUAGCGUUACUAAUAUUAUCGAGUGAAGAGAGAAGUUUCUCGGCGAACGGGAACGCGAGGAAAAAUGCGACGGACGUUCGGUCCAAGAACAAACACUCGCUGGAGAACUGUCAUUCCUUUCGAAGCGGCAACUAAACAUUCCCGAUUACGCGACGGAUUAGGGGAAAACGAUCGGCACGGAAUAUAACACACACACACACACACACACACACACACACACAAGCAGAUUUUACCGUGGGAGAAAAUGCUGAUGAAACGAGAGAGAUAGACGGCAUGAUGCUCCAAAGAAACUGUACCGUGCUCCGUAUACCUUUAAAAGAGAAACAAAAAAAGAAAACGACACGUAAGAGUAACCUUAAUCGUACACUGUAAGUAAUAAUUAAAGAAAAGCAGAGAGGAAAAAAAAAGAAAAUAAAGAAAAAAAAAAAUGAAAGCGAACACGAUG